GGCAUGUCAAAGGUCACACAGAGUACAGGCUAGCUGAGCAGCAAGAGAACUCUUGAUGCAAGCGGGUGAUUUGUUCAUAUUUGCUUCUUUGAUACACUUAGGGAAGGUUUUGCAAUGAUUGAAAUACUGAUGAGUGUCGUCCCUGAGGGGCUGGGGUAUCCCCUGGCAGUAUCAGCUAUACUUGGUCUGUUGCUUUACAUUGUACUAGGCAAGCCCUCUUCCAUGAAGAAGCAGAUGGAAUCAUCCAAUCCUGUGACAGAGUCAUCAUCAUGUGAUACAGACGUUCUCAUCGUUGGCUCUGGCAUCCUCGGGUCAGCCAUGGCUACGGUGCUGGCCAGAGAUGGCCGGAAAGUGACCGUCAUAGAAAGAGACAUGAAAGAGCCGGACAGGAUAGUUGGAGAACUGCUGCAGCCAGGUGGUUACAGGGCCCUAACUGAUCUAGGAUUAAAAGAUUGUGUAGAAGGCCUUGAUGAACACACGGUCAAAGGUUACGUCAUCCAUGACCUCAAGUCCGGCGCCCAGGUUGUGGUUCCUUAUCCCAAGGACAAGGAUUCAGGGUCUCCAAUCACCGGCAGAUCAUUCCAUCAUGGCAGGUUUAUCAUGGGUCUCCGUAAAGCAGCUCUAGCUGAAGAAAGAGUAUCAUACAUUGAAGGCAGUGCAUCUAGAAUUUUGGAGGAGAAUGGUAGAGUCGUUGGAGUGUCAUAUAAACUCAAAGGAACCCAAGACCUCAAGGAGAUGAAAGCUGCCCUCACCAUCAUCGCUGAUGGCUGCUUCUCUAAGUUCCGCAAGCAGCUCACCACCACCCUCCCCCAGACGACCUCCCACUUUGUAGGAACCCUGAUGCACCACUGCCCCCAGUACGAGGCUCACCACGCCGAGCUGGUCCUGGCCGAUCCCUCUCCUGUACUCAUCUACCAGAUCUCUUCGGAGGAUACAAGGGUACUGGUCGAUGUGAGAGGGGACAUGCCCAAAGAUGUCAAGCAGUAUAUGAUGGACAAGGUCUUUCCACAGUUACCAGAACACAUCAAGGAGCCCUUUGCAGAUGCUAUUCAAAAUGGUCGCAUCCGCAGCAUGCCAAACAGCUUUUUACCACCUGCACCAGUAGAGAAGCAAGGUGCUCUGCUGCUGGGUGAUGCAUACAACAUGAGACAUCCGCUGACGGGAGGUGGCAUGAGUGUGGCGCUCAAUGACGUCAAGAUAUGGAGAGAGCUCUUCAAAUCAAUACCAAACUUAGGUGAUGAUAAGGCCUUAUCACGCGCCCUGAGAAUGUUCCAUUGGAAAAGGAAGUCUACUCAUGCAUUUGUUGUUAACGUUCUGGCUCAGGCUUUGUAUGAAUUAUUUGCUGCUACAGAUGUUCAUCUGAUGAAGCUUCGUGAGGCAUGUUUUAAGUAUUUUGAGCUCGGAGGACAAGCAGUGGAGGGGCCUGUAGGAUUACUCUCUGUACUGACGCCCAACCCAUUCCUACUUAUCGGACAUUUCUUUGCUGUGGCCCUCUACGCCAUCUACUUUGCAUUCCUAGACCAACCGUGGUACCUCAAACCCCUGGCUAUCUACGAGUCUUCUCUCAUCUUCUUCAAGGCCUGCGGUGUUCUCUUCCCUCUCAUGAGAUCAGAGUUUUACAUGGUGAUGAGGAGUUGAUACCAUCAUCGUAAAUCACAGCAUUUUAUCAGAACAAUCCUUGUUAAAAAUAAAGUUGAGUAAUGGUCAUCCGAUUGCAUUGUGAAAGAAAAGGUGUGGAAUGGAUCAGGAAAAGUUGAUCAUGUAGCAUGUAAG